CAUUCAACCCGUCUAUGGAGCACAGCAUCCUCCGCUGGAUCCCCGGCUCACCAAAAACUUCAUCAAGGACCGCUCCAAGGCCAACGCGCUGCCUCUGAAAAACAAGAAGGCCUCCAGCUUUCAUGAGUUUGCCCGCAACACCAGUGACGCCUGGGACAUUGGUGAUGACGAAGAUGAAGACUUCUCUUCCUCCUCCUCUUCUUUGCAAACUCUGAACUCUAAAGUGGCCAAGGCCACGGCAGCCCAGGUUCUGGAGAACCACAGCAAGCUGCGAGCAAAACCCGAGCGGGCCCAGUCCGCCCUCAGCGACAUGCCCACCAACUGCAAGGUCAUCAAGUCCAGCAGUGAGGCCCAGCUCUCCAGGACAUCUGAGGAGACCUGUGUGCGGACCCCCCUCCAGAAGCAGCAGUCCCUUCCCCUUCGACCCGUCAUUCCACUUGUCGCCCGAAUCUCUGACCAAAAUGCUUCGGGUGCUCCCCCCAUGACGGUGAGGGAGAAAACCCGCCUGGAGAAGUUUCGGCAGCUCCUUUCCAGCCACAACACGGACCUGGAUGAGCUGAGGAAAUGCAGCUGGCCUGGUGUGCCCAGAGAGGUCCGGCCCGUGACGUGGCGUCUCCUCUCAGGUUAUCUCCCCGCAAACAUGGAGCGGCGAAAGCUGACUUUGCAGCGUAAGCGGGAGGAGUACUUCGGCUUCAUCCAGCAGUAUUAUGAUUCCCGGAAUGAGGAACACCAUCAAGACACCUACAGACAGAUCCACAUUGACAUUCCAAGGACCAACCCGCUCAUCCCCCUCUUCCAGCAGCCGCUCGUCCAGGAGAUCUUUGAAAGAAUCCUGUUUAUCUGGGCCAUCCGCCACCCAGCCAGCGGCUAUGUACAGGGCAUCAAUGACCUGGUCACCCCGUUUUUUGUUGUGUUCCUCUCUGAGUACGUUGAGGAGGACGUGGAGAACUUUGACGUGACCAACCUGUCGCAGGACGUUCUGCGCAGCAUCGAAGCCGACAGCUUCUGGUGCAUGAGCAAGCUGCUGGAUGGGAUUCAGGAUAACUACACCUUUGCACAGCCGGGCAUCCAGAAGAAAGUCAAAGCCCUGGAGGAGCUCGUCAGCCGGAUCGAUGAGCAGGUACAUAAUCACUUUAGGAAGUACGAGGUGGAGUACCUGCAGUUUGCCUUUCGCUGGAUGAACAACCUGCUGAUGAGGGAGCUGCCCCUGCGCUGCACCAUCCGCCUGUGGGACACCUACCAGUCGGAGCCAGAGGGGUUCUCCCAUUUCCACCUCUACGUCUGCGCCGCCUUCUUGAUCAAGUGGCGGAAGGAGAUCCUGGACGAGGAGGAUUUCCAGGGCCUUCUCAUGUUGUUACAAAACCUGCCCACGAUACACUGGGGUAACGAAGAGAUCGGACUCCUGCUCGCAGAGGCCUACAGACUCAAGUACAUGUUUGCGGACGCCCCCAAUCAUUACCGCCGAUAGGUGCCAGGACUCCACUCCUUCCUCUGCCCCCUCUGGUCCUGUGCCCACCCCUCGAUCCUGGCCCGAUCUGAUCACUGUGGCAUUUU